CCGCCUUCCGAUAUCCCGAUACAUAUUCAUCUCCGCCAGCAUACCACUGCUGUACUCCAGUGCACCCAGCUACACGGAGAGCAGAGGAACCGGGAACAGGGGCAGGAACUGCCACGGGCCAAGUCUCUAUCCGCCCGCGGACAUCCGCUCUAACCCUCCCGUCUCUCAUCAUCAUCAUACCACGUGCAGCGGAAGCGGAGAGCGGAGGGACCAUCCAAGAGCAUACUCUGAAUUUUCAAUUGGAAAUUGUACUUCUUGCAGCAGUUCGAUCUACGUCUCUCACAGGCUGGUGCAGGUGCGAGAAGUGCGUGUUGGAUCAUCACUUGUCGUAUGCAUCGACCGCGCAAACCGGCUGACCCAGACAUCAGUGCCAGCAGGGGCAAAGCCAAGGGGGGUCAAAACUCGAAAAGCCCCCCUGGUGUGGUAACACGCAUGGCAUUGAACAGCACCACCCAAGAUGAGGCGUGAACAACAGAAGAUCCCAAACAACCUUUGGAUUCGUGAACCCAGACAGGAGGUUAAACAAGCCUCACCAACACAUGGCGCAUGCCCUUUCCGUCGACAACUGCCAUGCUCGCUUGUCCAUGGGGCGGUCUAGCGAAGCUCCCAGUAGUGCGGGAGAUUGGGCAGAUUGGGCGUUCCUCCCGCGACCAGCGCCGCGGGCGAUUCAUGCGCGUAGGCCAAACGAGGACGAACGCAACAAUGCCUUGUUUGUCUGACAGUACUAGUGUUGGGCACCAGCAUCGAACGACAACACACACAUCAAGAAGUACACCCUGCCUGUCGGUGCCGGCUCUAUUAUAAUUAUUCGAUAAUUUCGAUCGCGCGACAUUUGAUUACUUUCGCGUACGUUGUACGUUCAUGUGCAGCCGAUUUUUUUUCCCUCGGGAAUCCACCGCAGCCGACAUGGUCCGAACCAACAAAUGCAUGUCUUACCCGGGCAGAGCUCGCAAUGCACCAUGCUUGCGUCAACCUGUACAUGCUUCCUUCACGGUCGUUUUGCGCGAGGAUGUAAAAAAGAGAGGUGCUACUGAACGGCGCUAGAUUACAAUCAACGUCCCAGCCGUUUAGUGCUUUUGUUCAGCUCAACGAACCCUUCUUCUUUCCCCGAUAUGCUAGAAGACUCGCAUCGCCAAGGAAAUUAGAUUGACAUGAAUUCUUCCCGCCGUGCGCAACUAGGCUGGCGUUGCAGGUAGGUACGCGUGCAAAUCAGUUUGCAACGUGUUUUGCCUCGAUUAUCUUUUUUAGGGCAUCUUUUGUCUCGUCGCCCAUCUUCCCAUCAUCAAUCACAGGGCGUUUUUGUUGUUGUUCCUGGCAUGGCGUUGAAAAGCACUGCGGAAGAGAGAGUUUCGGGCGUAACACGGCGGGCUCUUUUCGUUUCGAAUCUUCAACGCAAUCCAGUACUGAUAUCGGGAGGACGCCGCGUGCAUGUGGCCAAGACAAGGAUACAUCUACUUCUGACCUAUCUUGAGUACAUGAAUGAGAUGUUCGAAUUCCGUCAUGCCGCAACGUUUCUGUCGCAAACUGUUAAACAUCGAGCCACACCCGCCCCCGUCAUACUUUUCCACCCCACGUUUUCCACUCAUCAUCUCUCAAACAGCUGAAUACUUAUGGUAUCCUCCUGAAACAACGGCGAAACACAUGCAUGAAAUUCUUCCGAGGUAAGGCGUACCACCGGGGGUCAACCAUUGCUGCUAUGCAAUUGUCAAGAUUCUACUUUAUAUCGUCUGCAAUCAGCAACAAUAGCCACACAUGCCUUUCUCUAAAGGGACUUGAAGUGUUUUCUAACAUCGUGCCCUUGGUAUGUGCGUAUAUGAAUCGCACAUCCUAAUCCAACGCAGUUCAUCAUCAACGUCACCGACUUCAGAACGAAUGCCUCCAGCCUAAUCAUGAGGACUUGGGCGCCUGGUGGCGCCAAAAAUCCGGAGUCCUUUGUAUGAAAGUUAUGUUGCACCGUGGUCUAACUCUGCCUGUUUGUGUGAAACUGUUGGGACGACGCUCCCCCGAGUGACGGGAA